UUUAAUUAAGAUAAAUUAAAUUGCAUUGUGGUGAUAACUUUUAAAAUAAAUAGGUAAGCAUUUUUUGAACACAGUAUUGAAUAUUAUCAGUACUAUUGAAUAAACCCGUUUGUCGUUAAUUAUUGAUAAUUAAACAUGUUAGCAUUUUAUUUAAUAUUAAGAAAUUGCGUAGUUUCUUUAGAAGGCUACAAUAUAUUAGCUGGUUGUUACAUUUGCACUACACAAACAAUCCGAAAAUGAGUUUCGUAAGCAAAGUCGUCAUUGUAACAGGAGCAAGUUCUGGAAUCGGAGCAGCUACAGCUAUCCUUUUCUCCAAAGAAAAAGCUAACGUGACCCUUGUAGGAAGAAACGAGACGAAACUAGCAAAAGUAGCUGCUCUUUGUAUUACAAAGCAUCUUAUUGUGAAGGCUGACAUUUCCAAGGACGAUGAAGUGAGGAAUAUCGUCAAACGAACCCUCGAAGAAUUCGGGAAGAUUGAUGUGUUGGUCAACAAUGCUGGGAUAAUGAUAGGUGGAACUAUCAUAGCGGGAGAUAUUCUCAGCGCGUAUGAUAGUGUAAUGGCUACGAAUGUACGAGCCGCUGUACAUCUGACGUGUUUGUGCGCAGACCAUUUGAUAGCUAGCAAGGGUACUGUCAUAAAUGUCUCCAGUGCAGCUGGUAUUGUGGUACAGUCAACAGGAGACAUGCUUUCCUACAGCAUGUCAAAGGCUGCAUUAAACAUAUUUAGCCAAGGUGCUGCUUUGGAACUUAGCAAGCAUGGUGUUAGAGUGAACACUGUCAGUCCUGGGCCAGUUGCCACGGAUAUAAUCGUGAACAUGGCAGGCUCCGACACAACAAUUACUUGGAAGGAUUUUGAAGGUAUUACACUUCUCAACAGAGUCAGCGAACCGGAGGAGAUAGCGGAACUCAUAGCUUACCUAGCGAGCGACAAAGCGAGGGGCAUCACUGGCUCAAACUUCGUCUGCGAUAACGGAUGUAUACUAAAACGUUGAUAAAAUAAACUGCUAUACGACUGUUAGAUUA